AUGCUGCGUUCUUCCUUUCUUCUCUUCUUUUAUGCACUCUAUGCUUCUGCCUCUUGGGUCUUUGAGCACGACUUCCAGCCCGAAGAACGCUCAUUACUCUUUGGGACCGAUGUCUCGCCUCUGAAGCGGAGGCAAGAGGAAGGCUCGUCUUCUGCCUCUGACUCUAUUCUUUCGGUAGCCGGUGGAGGUGGUGGGCGUAGUAGUGGACGUCCUCAGCCAACCUCAACCUCGUUUACUCAAACAAGGACAACAUCUACCCGGCCAACAUCUACGAAUACUAGAACGGGAACAAGAAGUAGCUCAAACACAACGACCAGGACAAGCACAAGCGCAACAUCCACUCCCACCACCACAGCAACCGGAACCCCCUGUGCCGGAAACACCCCGGACACCCGCAGGGAAUGGUGCGACUAUUCCAUCGAUACAAACUACCACGACAUCACUCCAGACACAGGAGUAGUGCGAGAGUAUUGGCUGGAGCUAGACGAGAUCACCGUAUCUCCCGACGGGAUCUCUCGGCCGGCAGUCGCCGUGAACGGGACGAUCCCUGGUCCAACGAUUUUCGCGGACUGGGGCGACGAAGUCGUCGUCCAUAUCAAGAAUAACCUACAUGAGACCCUCAAUGGAUCCACAAUCCACUGGCAUGGGAUCCGCCAGCUUAACACAAACGAGCACGAUGGCGUUGUCUCGAUCACGCAGUGCCCCAUCACCCCAGACCACGAGUACACGUACCGCUGGCGCGCCCAGCAGUACGGGACAACUUGGUACCAUUCACACAUAAGUCUUCAAGCGUGGGACGGUGUGGUAGGGCCUAUCAUCAUCAACGGCCCGGCAACAGAGAACUACGACGUCGAUGCGGGCACAAUCUUUCUCAAUGACUGGACGCACCAAACAUUCGAGGAGCUCUUUUGGUACGCGCAGAUCGUGGGCCCUCCGCUACUCAACAACUCGCUGAUCAACGGCACGGGCGUCUAUGGCUCUAGUUUCUCUGGGCACCGGGCCAAGGGCCAAAAGGAGACGGGCGAGCGGUUUAGCAUGAAGGUUGAAGAGGGGACCUCGUAUCGUCUGCGCUUGAUCAACGGCGCCAUUGACACGCACUACAAGUUCAUGAUUGACAGUCAUGAACUAACCGUCAUCGCAAUGGAUUUGGUGCCGGUCAAGCCGUAUAAGACGACGGCUGUUAGUCUUGCGAUGGGCCAGCGCUACGAUGUCAUCGUCACUGCCAACCAACGCUCAAAAUCCGACAGUUUCUGGUUACGUUCGAUCCCCCAGCAAUCCUGCUCCGAUGUCGAAGAUCCAGGCAACAUCCGCGGCAUCUUCUACUAUGGCGAUAGACCGUCCACACCAAAAACCGAGCCCUACCCCUUUGAAGACAGCUGCAUGGACGAGCCUAUGGCCAGUCUAGUUCCUCAUGUAGCACGAGACGUGCAACCGCCAGACUAUCAGAAUAACGCCCUCGCCAGCGUCUCCUUCAAUGAAGACCACUUCUUCCGCUGGUUCUUGAAUUCCACUACAAUGCAGGUCUACUGGGAAGAUCCGACGCUGCUGCAGAUUCUCAACGGCGAUGAUUCCUUUGAGAACUCCUCCGCCGUGAUCGAGCUCCCCAACGCGAAUGAAUGGGUCUACAUGAUCGUGAACACAACAAUCCCCGUCUCCCAUCCCAUCCACCUACACGGACACGACUUCUUCAUCCUUGCGCAGGGCACAAAUCCCUGGGACGGAAAGUAUCAGACAUCUAAUCCCCCACGACGGGAUACCGCCGUUCUCCCGGGGAACGGGUACCUAGUCAUGGCAUGGGAGACGGAUAACCCUGGCGCAUGGCUGAUGCAUUGCCAUAUUGGCUGGCAUACGACGGAAGGGUUUGCACUACAGUUUGUAGAGCGGAUCGAUGAGAUUCGGGAAAAUGUCGAUAGAGAUUUUGUUGUCAAUGCGUGUAAUACGUGGAAUGGGUAUGGUGAGGAGUAUGGGGUUGAGCAGUAUGAUUCGGGUGUCUAG